GUGUCCGAUUCUCAAAGUAUGUCAAGAUCCGAGUACCGCUCGAGCAGCAGCGGAUCAAAUGCGACCACAAGGGGAACUGAUCAAGAGGAGUGAAUCAGUUGUUCGUGAUCCCUCAACCUAUCAAGAUUCGCCCAGCACUACAAAAGCUUCGGAGCCCCGCUCACAUGGAGGUUCGGACGUAAAAUCGGAAACGAAAAGUGGAAGCACAUCAACGGUAUCCAGUCCUCGAAAAUUGUCAACGUCAGAGUCUCGUUCGCGUAGCGGGGCGAACGUAAGCUUGGAGAAGAAGCGCAGCGAUGGGUCAGCGACACCAUCCGUCAGUAGCAUAGGGUCUAAAGAAAGAAGUAAGGUACUGCUGGAUUGCUGUCUCGUCACCUUCCUAAUGAGUCCAGCAAAAGACGUUGCACAAGAAGGAAAGCGAGUGAUUUGGCGAGAUAUUUACGCAGAAGUCAUUCCGAAAACUUCGUGUUUCCGAUGGAAACAGAAAGAGACUACUGAAGCCAAGUUGGUGCUAAAUCAAGUUUCUGGUUACGCUGAACCGGGACAUUUGACCUAUAUAAUGGGAGCAAGUGGAUCCGGCAAGACGACUCUUCUCAAUAUCCUGACUCAAAGACGAAACGACGGACUUCGAGUUUACGGCGACAUUGCAAUCAACGAGUA